GUUCUAACUUCUCCAGUGUCCGCCAUGUCAAAACGUGACCAGAAAGGCAAAUUAAAGCUGUCCAAGACGCUUCUUCAAAUGAAGGUAACACUGAAAUGUCUUCUUGUGUUUGUAAGAAGACGUGCUAAAAAGUAAUAUAUUCGUCCAAAACUUUGAUAUAAGAUUUCACGAGAUAUUGCCUAUAUUGAAGUUAAAAUGUGAGCGAUAACAAAAGGUUUUUAACAGUUUAUGAAACGAACUGCUGAUGAAGAGAACUCGGAUGACGAUAAUUCAAAAGCUCUAAUUGACGAUGAACAUUGGGUUUUAGAUUUACCUGAUUUACUGGAAAGAAAUUCGCGGUACGUUAUUAAAGACAGUAUGCUUUCUUGUGAUGUUUUGAGCAGCUAUGGAAGAAUGUCGUUUAAAGGCUUCAACCCAGAAAUAGAACGUUUAAGAAAUGAAAGUGAGACUCAGGAAGUAGAAGAACAGUACGACUCAGAAGAUGUAGAAUUUGCAGAGUCAAUGACCUCCCUUUCAUCAAAUUUGAAAAAAAAGUUCGAGAAAACUAGAAGGAGAAAAAAGAAGGAAGAGACUGUGUCUAAUGAGAACAGUGAUAAUAAUACCAAUUCGCCUCAAGUUGUUAAAAAGAAGAAAAAGAAGAAAUUUCUUAAGCCGAAGGAAUAA